GUAUAUCUAAAGCCCGGUUAACUGUUCAUCACUGUGAAAAAUGAAGUACCGCUUUUGCCCUUGCUGUCUCCGUCAAUUACAAGUCUGCCAUUCUUCUACACCCUUCUUACGCGAUGGUUUCUGUUUUAGUCUGACGGUGGUGGUGUUUCACAAUAGAAAUCAUUUACCAGAGCUCAUAAUCUCAUCAUCGCGUUCGAUCCCCUCUGAUUCAGUAGAAGAAGAAGUCGAAGCAGUUUUAUACGAGAGUCGAGUCUGCGAGAUUCAGAUCGGUGGAGAGAAGAGCGUUUCAUAUCGAAGGUUGCUGAUAAGCUGUGGACGUGCGUUUGUCAAGAGCGUGGACGUGUGUUGAUUAUCAUUAUUUAAUUCAACUUAUUGCUCAAUAUAAUACCUCUACUUGUAUGUAAAACAAGAUUUCUUACCAUUUCAAGCCCCUUUGAAAUCACCAUUGCUCCUCCUGAAACCCUAGUAGCAGGGUCAGAGUUACCACUUCCAACCUCCACAUCUGAUGGCUCCAAACAGCUGAUGGCUGGGUGCUCCAACAGCCCACAUACGUGGCAUAAGUUGACCAUCUUCUCAUACUAGAAACAUACAGUCGUGUUCGCCUUUGACUCAAACACAAACAGUAUCGGUUGAUAGGCUUGCAUCAAUGAAACCAGAAUGUUUUGACGGAUCCGUAAUCUUGCCACCGUAUCACACCAGAUUGUAGGCUUAACGAGGUUCAACACCAUCCGCAGCGUCGACCCGAUUAUGAGGACUGCUUCCUCAAUGAAUAGCGCCAACUGUAGAAGUCCAAAGUCACACGAAACGCAUAACGUUGCAGUACGAGAACGUGGUACGGGUACACGCACAACGAUUCCACAAAUAGGGUAACGUAUAAAUCUCCCAAGGUGGAGGGAUCUCUAAACCCCCAGUCCCACAAAUUGCCAUAGAAAGCCGUCAGCAAGCUCUCUUCGACGUUUAGUCUCGGCUUCAAUUCAAGAAAUUUACAAGACGAUGAAGGAGGCAUUGGAUUUUGUACUGUCCAUGGAAUUCUGGAGAAUGGGCCUGCGAUGGACUCUCAGUCUUCUCAUCUCUUACUGGCACCUCCUCUUCGCCUCGACUACUACUCCUCCUUCCAGAUCACCGCCUCCCUCAUCUUCGUCGAGGCCCGUCUGCAUCAUCACCGGCGCGACUUCUGGAUUGGGCGCCGCCGCGGCCCAUGCUCUCUCCGCUCGUGGCUUCUUUGUGGUUCUCGUUGGACGCUCAUCUCGCUUGUUAGAAAAGACGAUGAUGGAAAUUAAGAGGAAGAAUGAGAGUGCACAACUGAAAGCUUUCGAGGUUGAUCUCUCAUCAUUCCAGUCGAUUCUUCAGUUUAAAGCCUCCCUACAGCAGUGGCUUUCCGACUUGCAAAUGCACUCUUCGAUCCAACUCCUAAUUAACAAUGCUGGAAUACUUGCUACCUCGUCUAGAUUCACCUCUGAAGGCUAUGAUCAGAUGAUGGCCACAAAUUACUUGAGUGCAUUUUUUCUUAGUAAACUAUUGUUACCUCUUCUCAGAAACAGCUUGAUUCCUUCCCGUAUAGUUAAUGUCACAUCUUUCACACAUCGAAGUGUAUCGAAUAUACAGGUUGCCAAGGAUACUGUAUCUGGGAAGUGCUUCAGCAGAUUAAAAAGAUACCCAUAUGCUCACGUAUAUGAGUAUUCCAAAUUGUUCCUACUGCUCUUCUCCUAUGAGCUUCAUCGCCAACUUGGCUUGAUGGACAUAUCUCGUCACGUCUCCGUCAUUGCUGUGGAUCCUGGUGUUGUUGAAACCAACAUCUUGCGAGAAGUUCCUCCAUGCCUAUCCAGUUUGGCCAAUAAAGUUUUGAGAAGUCUUUGGUUCCUGCAGUCACCUGAAGUUGGAAUCAGUUCCAUUCUCGAUGCAGCAUUUGCUCCACCAGAAACAUCUGGAGUUUACUUUUUUGGUGGAAAGGGCAACACUGUCAGCUCUUCUAUGCUUUCAUAUGAUGCCAAACUUGCACAGGAACUUUGGAGUGCAUCGUCUGAUCUGUUUUUAGAGUCACAGCUUGCUUUCAAGGAAACCUCCACUUCUGUAUCAAACUUUGUAUCAUAGGUGUUCCGUUUUAAUUGCCGUAGCAGCAGUAAUGCUUUUCCUAGCUGUGAUCGGUCUUUUAGAAUCCUUAGGAAUAGUGCCCUUACUAUUUUACCUCCGUUUCUUCCCCUGGCGCUGUGCUGUUUGUAUCGGACACAUGUUCUUUCGGUUGCUUGCCACCGCUUUGAUCAGUUGUGGUUGUUGGUCGAUAGAGGCAAAGAGAGGGAGAGAGAGGGAGAGCGUCUCUAUCACAUCCAUCCAUCUGUUUUGGUGGUUGAAAGCAAGUGAGAGCGUAUAGAGAUAGGAGGGGAGAGAUAGAGAUCAGAGAAGCCCCAGUUGGUUUACCAAAACAGUUGGUUUCAGUUGUGCUAAGUUCUGGGUUAAAGAAUCAUUGAAGAUAGAUAGUGCAUCGUGGCCCAUUUGUACAAGAAUUUAGCAAAGUGAUCAUUCCAGGGAGAAAGUGAUAGUGGUAUUGGUUAAGUCAAUGAAGAAUCCAAGGACUGCUCUGAUCAAGACCUCAAUCAUGGCCGGCUUCAGCUGAUAUCUUCAAUGCAUUUGGUGACAGUUCGCUCGACUCCACCACCCCUGAUGCAUUUGACCAAUUGCUGUUGCAAUUGCUGCUGGAGGCCUUACAAUACAAGACGUUUGUUUGUGAAGAAGCAGACAAGGCGCUAAGAGCAGUGGUGAAGUAUUUGACUACUCUGCCUCUACUUCAUAGGCUUAAAGGCUAUGUCACCCAUGCCCACCUCAAAGAAGCUAUAAGAAGCAGAAGAGGAAUCAGUCAUGGAACAAGAAAUCAAGGUCAAGCUUUCAGGGAAGUUGCCUUCAGAAAUAAGAUAUGAAACAGCGUCCUGCAGAUAUGUGUGAUAUUUCUUCACUUUAUCGGGAUAUAUCGCAAAUAUCUAAUAUAUCGGGGAUAUUUGAAGAUGUCGGAGAAAUUUCGAAGAAACGGUGACAGAUAAGAUAUUUACCCCCAUAAAUAUAUCGGUCCGUCGAAAAAAGGAGAUAUCGGGGGAUAUAUCGGAGAUAUCGCAGAGAUUUUGAACCUUGCGUGGGAUAACCCGCUCUGAAACUAUGAUAAAGUAAUCUGGGGUUCACACCAAAAAUCAAUUGGUAAUGGAUGGAGUGACCCAAACCCUUAUAAACACAUAAGGCAAGGUCUCAUUUUUCCCAUGUGGGAUGUAUAUAUUCUCAACAUAAUUUAGGCCAAUAGAUUGCUUCUUAGUAAAUUUAAAGAGAUAAAAGAUAGAAUCAUGGUAUUUCUGAAGGAGCUGGGAUCUUAGAAUGAGGUGGGCUAAAAAAAAUAUUUAGUCUCGACCCACUCUUUUUCAAUUUGGAACAAUCAUGGUAUUGGCCAAAAAGUCGUUCUUCAUCCUGUUGCGCAAUGUUAUUUUGAUAUGUGUCAUAACUGAAAAUGUUCUUUCUGUAGUUGCUGUAGAAACCGGCAAAGUCAAAACAAGACGGAUCCCCUGAGCAAUAAUUUGAUAUCUCUAUGAUCUUUUUGUUUCAAAAAAUCUCAACAUAACUCAGAAAAAGUAGUCACAUUAUUUAACAUAUUAUGAUGAGGUAUAUCAGACUCCUAAAUGAUCAACGCUUCUCAAAAGAAAUAAGAAAAAUAACAUAUCUUUUCAAAAAAAAAAAAACAUAUAUCUGAGAAUCUGAUGACCCAUUGAGGCCGUUGCUUAACAAUUAUAUAUACGUAGUUAGGCUACUUAUAUAAUAAAUGGGAAAUACACUGUGCUCAUU